UCAUGCUGCUGCCAGGUCCAGAGUCUCUCAUGGGUCCCUGUACGGCCUCCCAUUGCUGCUGUCUCCAUCGCCACACUCUGCCAUGUGUCCACUUUCAGGUCUCCUCACACUGCUGGUGUGUUCCAUUUUUUGUCAUUGGGUGCUGGGGCAGUGUACGGGCUCCCAUUUGCUGCUGCCAGGCCGUAAUUUCCAUGGGGCCCUGAACCGCCUCUCAUGCUGCUGCCAGGUCAGAGUCUCUCAUGGGUCCUGUACGGCCCCCAUUUGUGCUGUCUCCAUCGCCCACACUCUGCCAUGUGCCACUUUUCAGGUCUUCCUCACACUG